UUUUUUAACUUAUUGCUCUCUAGAGCUUAGAAGUUAAACGUUUGUGCCUAAGAAUAUCAGUAUUUUUUGAUCAUGGGCUUCUUUGCUUGUGUAUUCUAUCUCUUAAUAGCGGUAGUCUCUUUGGGGUAUUAUUACUUCAAACAACGUCUUUCGUAUUGGAAACGUCGCGGAAUUCCACAUGAUGAGCCUAAUUUCCCAGCUGGCAAUCUUAAAGAACAUCCAAAGUUGAAACACAUGCGAGAUAUUACAAGUGAAAACUAUCACAAAUACAAAGGAACUGGCCCAUUUGGAGGAUUCUUCUUCUUUUUGAGUCCUGCUGUGAUCCUUUAUGAUCUUGACUUGAUUCGUGACGUUCUCAUCAAGGAUUUCAACAAUUUUACCGAUCGUGGAAUGUUUCACAAUGAAAAAGACGAUCCUUUGACUGCUAAUUUGUUGGGAUUAGAUGGAGCCAAAUGGAGACAGUUGAGGAAUAAACUCUCACCAACUUUUACAUCGGGUAGAAUGAAGUUUAUGUUCCCAACUGUCGUUUCGGUUGGUGAAAAACUUUUACAGAAAUUUGACCAAAUGGCCCAAGAAGACUCCAUUAUCGAAAUGAAGGAUAUUUUAGCUCGUUUUACUGUCGAUGUUAUUGGAACUUGUGCUUUUGGAAUUGAUUGCAACAGUUUGAACGAUCCAAAUGCGGAAUUCCGUCGAAUGGGUGCUAACGCUUCGACACUUAAACGUCAUUCAAAAAUGGUCAAUGGAUUCAUAUUCAGUUUCCCGAAAUUGGCUAGGCAAUUGCGAAUGCGUCAAAUUCACGAUGAUAUUCAUGAAUUUUUCAUUCGUGUUGUGCGGGAAACUGUCGAGUAUCGGAAGAAAAAUUCCGUUGAACGUAAUGAUUUCUUGAAUCUUCUGAUUGAAUUGAAGAAUGAUGGUGCUGGUUUGUCGAUUGAGGAGAUGGCAGCACAAACUUUCAUGUUCUUUUUGGCUGGUUUUGAGACUUCUUCGACAACUAUUGGAUUUACGCUAUUCGAAUUGGCAUUGAAUCAAGAUAUUCAGAAUAAAUUGAGAGAUGAAAUUAAUACUUGCAUUGAGAAGAAUAAUGGAGUGUUUAGUUAUGAUGCUAUGAUUUCAAUGACAUAUAUGGAAAAAGUUGUAAAAGAAACACUUCGGAAGUAUCCUUUAGUUACGAACUUAGUUCGUCGAGCAAUUGAAGAUUAUCCAACUUCAAAUCCAAAAUACACAAUUCCUAAAGGAACAAUGGUAUUUAUUCCAGCUGAUGCUAUUCAUCAUGAUCCAGAAAUUUAUCCCGAUCCAGAUAGAUACGAUCCUGAGCGAUUUGAUGCUGACGAAAUUCAAAGUCGUCAUCCAUUGACAUGGUUGCCAUUUGGUGAUGGACCAAGACAUUGUAUUGGCUUGAGAUUUGGAAAAAUGCAAACUUAUAUUGGAUUGGUUACAUUGUUGAGAAAUUAUAGAUUCCAUUAUUGCGAUAAGACACCGAAUCCAUUAACAUUCAAUAAGAAACACACUUUGUUGUGUAGUGAGGGUGGUAUUUAUCUGCGGGUGGAACGGCUUUAGGGUAAAAUGUUGUAUAUUUUUGUAUUUAGUUAAUAAGUUAUUUUACUUUGUACCAAGUGAAGUUAAAUCAAUUAUUUCCAAUUUCAUUCUUACAGCACAAAAGAGGCACAUUCUGAUUUUUCUUGUUUUCAAAAAUCAAAAAUGGUGUUUUUAACUUUAUUUUCAAAAUAUAAUGUUUUCAACAAUGCGAUUUUCUUAUAAAAUCUCAAUUGUAUGUAAAUUUGUAUUUAUGGUUUUAACGUGUAAAAGAAAUUUCGUGACCACUAGAAAAGUGUAAAGACAAUGCAGAAGUGGUAAGAAAAAACCUUGUAAAGUGUUAAAAAUAUAUUGUCCUCAAUGGACAAGUUAAUUUUUGUUUUGCAACUUUUGGACAGAAAAUAGAUUUUUUUGUUCAGAAUAUUUAGUUUUAAUAUAAUUAUUGUACAUAAGUUUAUAA